AUGGCCUCCAAUCUCCGCCAGAAGCUGCCCCCAACAAGCACCCUUUACAUCAACGACAUCAACGCCUCAGCCCUAACCCGCUUUAUCAAAGAAUACUUCUCCUACGGUCCCAUAAUCCCUGUCUCCACAGCCCGCGAAGCCGCCGCCCAUUCCAAAGUUGUCGUCUCCAUCGUCCCCGGCGCCCAAGACGUAAAGGCCGUGUACCUAGACGAACAGAACGGCGUCAUAGCAGCGGGCAAGGACGAAGAAAGGAUAUUACUCGAGUGCAGCACGAUAGAUGUAGAGAGUACAAAGGAAGUAGGACGGAGACUUCGUGGAAUGGGCGUUUACAUCGAUGCGCCUGUUUCGGGAGGUGUGCCGGCGGCUGAAGCAGGGACGUUGGCGAUGCUGAUCGGAUAUCCGCCCCCAGCAACAUCGUCGUCUGGGAGAUCAGAGAACCAUAUAUCAAAGCGCUUGACAGACGUGCUAGGGAUGAUGGGCUCACCGGAAAAGUUCUUCUAUCUGCACACUCUAGGCGCGGGCUUGACGGCCAAGAUAUGCAAUAACUACCUCUCCGGCACUAUCUUACUGGCGACUGCUGAAGCUAUGGCCACGGGUGUAGCGCAUGGUCUUGACCCAAGUGAUUUGUAUCAAGUUAUCAAGAAUAGCACUGGACAGAGCUGGAUGUGCGACCACGUUAUGCCUGUGCCGAACGUACAGAAAGAAUACUGGGUACCGAGUAAUAGCGGGUAUAAACCGGGAUUCAAAACGCAAAUGAUGCUAAAGGAUCUUGGGUUGGGGAUUGAGAGUGCGAAGCAGGUUAGCGUGGAACCCAGUAUGGCGGCUAAAGCGUUGGAGGUCUGGGAGAGGGCGGCAAAGGAUGAGAGGUGUAUAGAUAGAGAUGGGAGUAGCAUUUACCUGCACCUCGGGGGUCAAUUGCCGGAGGGUUAUGAGGAUAAAGGGAAGAAAAGCGAGAAGGGAACUUGGGUGUUUGCUGACUGA